AUGGAUAUCAUGGUUGUCUACAAAUCUGUUGUGUUUAUAUACGGAGGGCAUCUCUACUUAUUUAUUACUCUGAGGGCAAAUUGAAUAAAAAUUCCUCCUUGAAACUUGAAAACAUAUAUCACAGCUUACUAGUAAGCUGUGCAUAUAUUCUCUGUAUUCAAAGAUAAUGGCUACCGAUGAUUGUGGAAGAAUUAUUAAGAGAGAGCUUGAAUCUGUUGGGAAUGAAGUGGUUUUUGAAACAAUUUUCGUGAAAUGUGAAUCUGAAAAUUAUGAUAUGUUUGAUAGUGAAAUGGUUAUCCAUAACCUGGAAGAAAAAUGUGAUAUAGAUCAGAUUAAAAGUGAAGGUGUCAUUGAUGUUUACUAUGAUCCCAAACCAGAAAAAUGUAUAGAAGAAAUAAGUGAAGGCUCUCAAAAUAAGUUCCUUGAUAUACAGGAUUCUGGGAACGUUUUUAUCGAAACAGAGGAUGAAACAGUCAUCGAGAAGAAAGAAGAUAGCUUCAAUGAAAAUAUGUCAUCAGCUUUAUGUCAAAAGGAGUUUGGCACUGCAAACCAUCGAAUCGGGAAACUUGAGAUAGUAGAUACAACAGAGAGGCCCAGUUUGAAGAUCCACGAAAAACCACAAUCUGUCGAAAAAUCAUUUGAGUGUACAAUUUGCCACAAAUCAUUUAUUCACAGUCGUUCUUUGAAAAUUCAUGAAAGAACACAUACUGGAAUAAAACCAUUUCAGUGCAGAAUUUGCUUGAAAUCGUUUAUUAGUAACAGUAAUUUGAAGGGACAUGAAAGAAUUCAUACUGGGAUAAAGUCAUUUCAAUGUAAAAUAUGUCAAAAGUCAUUCAGUCGAAGAAGUCAUUUAAAAGAGCACGAAAUAAUUCAUACUGGUGAAAAACCAUUUCAGUGCAAAAUCUGCUCAAAGUCAUUCACUACAAGUAGUUAUUGGAGAAUUCAUGAAAAAUCUCAUAAUGAGGAGAAACCAUUUCGAUGUAAAAUCUGCCUUAAGUCAUUUAUUCAAAAUAAUAGUUUGAAAAGACAUGAAAGAAUUCAUACUGGAAAAAAAUCAUUUCAGUGUAAAUUCUGCUCGAAGUCAUUUUUUCAGAGUGCCAAUUUGAAAACGCAUGGAAGAACGCAUACUGGUGAUAAAUCACUUCAGUGUACAAUUUGUCUAAAGUCAUUU